CUAGAUGUGACCUCCUGAGGUCCCUUCCAACCCUCAUUUUCUGUGAUUCUAUGCUAAAAUCUAGGUGUGACUCCAAAAUAAAGCCUCUCCUAAGCCUUGCCAUCUCUUUUGUCCUGUCAUAAACUCCUCCUUUCUAGCACAUGCAGCUUCUGGGCUGGCUCCACAAGCCGACAGCGUGGUCUCUAGUGGGGCUGCGUCGUUGCUUUAUAAUCAGACACUGGGGGAUGGCGAAUUGCAAUACACCUUGCCUGCUCCACUGGAGACUCCAGACAUUUUUUUUUUGUCGCUGUCCCUUGUAGAUGAAGGAAAGAAACCCAAGGAUGCUUCAAACUCGUAUGUUGGUACCUCCUGCUGUAGCCUAGGCCAUCAGUCGUAAAAAUAACAGUGAUUUUUAUUUCUCCAGUCUUCGGGGAACCUGGCAGACACGUUUUUAAGACCUUAAGUAGGCGGUUGUUCGAAGGCGGGAGUCCAAUUCCUGGUCAGAAAGCCCCAUGAGACUGAGAACAUCCAUUUGCUUUAUCCAUGGUGGGAUUUUUGUCUCCUUUUGAUUUUUAACCAUUACUUCCUUGUCUUACUCCGGCAUAAGUUGUUGGAUGGUGGUAAGUCCCAUUCUGUGACAAGGAGUCAGCGCAGCUCGAUUCUUCAAAAGAUCAGGGUCUUAAUAUGUGCUAAUUAAAAGAGAACGCUGCCACUUUUGGAGCCGCCGCUGCAAUUAUCUUCCACACUAGGGUGCUUUCAGUCCACAGGACUGGGCCAGGAGUCAUUAUCCACUUGCUCCCUCCUUUGACUGAACUCAAGUCAACAGCAUGUCCACGUGCGCCAAGCCGAGGAGCAGCAGAUGGUCUGGAUUGUCAUCCAGACUGCAGCUCCUGUCGCUGCCUGAAUUUCCGAUUGAGCAUUGGGUGCCAGAAAGCAGGUGCCCACGCUUUUAUCCACCUGUCCCAUCUUGUUCCCAUCCCGUGUUUGCCGCUUGCAGUCGCAUCACAUUUCCUCGUGGCCUGCUCAGCUGUUAAAGCUGCUCUUGAUCGUCCUGGGGCUUUUCAAGUCAGAUAGUUUUAAAUUCCGCCUCCCCUGCCGGGAUCAGAGCGGACAGAAUUGCCACCUUAAAAUAAAAUGUACCGUUUGUCUUUAGAGUAAUUUUGUAGCAGACAAAAAUCAUCCUCUUGGAGGGCAGGGCAAGUCCUGAGGAUUUGGGGUCUUUAACUUCUGAGAGCAUGGAGGUUGGUGCGAUAGAGGCAGUUGGAAACGCUAAGGGGAAGUUGGUCUAGAUGGAGGAGAGAAAGCCUUAAAGGUCCAUGAGAUAUAUAUGCAGUGGGUCCCUCUUCUGCCCACGGCAGUCCUUUCAACUGCCCUUUGCAACUUGUGUCCCGUGGGUUUUAAUUUAAAUGAAUUGCAUGCAGGAGCUGGCAGCGCAUUGUGUUGUUGCAAAGGGAUUUCUUAUCCAACUUCUUUUCUCUUUGAAGGCCUCGGUCGGCAGGCAGAGUCCACGGGUGGUGCCAUACCCAGCCCACAACCUAUGUCCGGGAGAGCCUGGCCUCCAGACUGCAGCAGUUGUGUCCAUGGGCUCAGCUGACCACCGAUUCAACCUUGCCGAGAUCCUUUCACAGAACUAUGGUGUACGAGAAGAGAGGGAGGAGGAAGAAGAUACACAGGAGAAAGAGAAAUCUUUAGAGGAGCUGGAAAAGAGCUUCAGCCCCUCUCAGGUACACACUGCAAGGGAGGAGAAGGGGACUUGUCUGCCAACUGUUUUGUCCUCCUUGACAGUAUUGAAAGCACAGAGCUCCACUGAGGGACGUGAACCAGCACUGGUGGAUCCACUGGAGAGCAGUGAAAUGCCAUUCGAGGAGCUGCUUGCACUUUAUGGCUAUGAGGCAUCUGAUCCCAUCUCGGAGCAGGACAGCGAGAGCAAUGGGAUCUCUCCUCACCUGCCAGACAUGACCCUCGAUAAGGAACAAAUAGCGAAGGAUUUGCUUUCAGGGGAAGAAGAGGAGGAGACGCAGUCCUCGGCCGACGACCUGACUCCAUCCGUCACGUCCCAUGAUGCCUCGGACCUUUUCCCAAACCAGCCUGGCUCCAACAACUUCCUUGCUGAUGAAGACAAGGAGCCCUGCUCUUCCCCGUGCGCUUCCUCCAUGGCAGAGGAUUCAGAAGAGGACUCUAUCCCAUCCAACGAGUGUAAGAAGGAGAUCAUGGUUGGUCCUCAGUACCAGGCUGCAGUCCCCAUCCUCCAUUUACAAAGGCACAGUGAAAAAGUCUACGAGAAUGAAGAUCAGUUGCUGUGGGACCCCAACAUCCUGCCCGAGAGGGAGGUGGAAGAGUUCCUGUACCGAGCGGUGAAGCGGCAGUGGGACGAGCUGGCCAGCAUCAGCCUGCCCGAAGGAGAGAUGGUGAAGGACAACGAACAGGCUCUGUAUGAGCUGGUGAAAUGCAACUUCAAUGCGGAAGAGGCUCUGCGGAGGUUACGCUUCAACGUGAAGGUCAUCAGAGAUGAGCUCUGUGCCUGGAGCGAAGAGGAGUGCAGGAACUUUGAGCAUGGCUUCCGGGUCCACGGGAAGAACUUCCAUCUCAUCCAAGCGAACAAGGUGCGCACCCGGUCGGUGGGCGAGUGCGUGGAGUACUACUACAUGUGGAAAAAGUCAGAGCGCUACGACUACUUCACACAGCAGACUCGCUUCGGAAGGAAGAAGUACGUCCUCAACCCUGGAGCCACGGACUAUGCAGAGAACGACCUGGACGGAGGCGAGGUGGAGAACGCUGGCCGGGCCCGGAGCUCACCGCCCAUUCCCUCUGCUACCAGCUGCCUGGACUCCCACUUCAGCCAGGACCCCUUGGCCAUCGAGAGCACAGAGCCCCUGAGCGUGGAGAGUGCAGCCUGCAGCCUGGGCAGCAUGAGCGAGUCGGGCCAGGGCUACGAGUGCAGUACGCCCUCAGAGACAAACUGUUCCUUCGACCCUGCCGAGGAGCCGGCCUCAAGUACGCGGCGCCCCGGGACCCCCUCAGAGACGGGGAUCUACCCGCUGCCCCCAGCAGGCCCGGACCCGGCAGACAAAGCAGAGACAUUGCAGAGCUCCGGCGAGACGAUAGCCAUGGACUUCACACUCCCCGCAGACAUGGGCGAAGGCUUGCCUUUAAUCGCUGGCCGCGUGGAUUUGGGCACAGCCCCCGAGGCGGUGGUGGCCCCAGCUCAGGUGUCCUUAUCGGUCACAGAUUUCAGCAUCAUUGGCAUUGGGGAUGUGAAUAGCUUCCUAGCAGCUCACCAGGCCUGCCCAGCACCCGUGGCCCAGUCAGAGCCAUUGUCACAGUGAGCCUCCACUUACAAGCAUGUCACAGAUGGAGCUGGGACCUGGACCUCGCUGAGUGAAUUCCUUGGACCUCUCUGUUUCAUGGGGACACUUGAGAGCCAUCGGUCAGAAUCCGUCUUUCCAUCCUCCGUGAUCCACAGCCGGACACCUCUUUGCUCUCGUGCUCAUCAACAGGGGAGGUUUUAGUGGGGGAGUCGGUGACCCCCCCCCUCCCUGCCCAUGCAUCGCCACGGGCAACACUAUGCUGGUCAGACAGCCCCUGCCCUCCGGGCAGAGGAGGGGGCUGUCGCAACAGGGGACACAUCGUGGGCAUUUUGGCGGUGUCACUGGAUCUGCAAGCGCGCAGGAAGCAAGCACAGGCAGAGUGGGGGCCGUCCGGCUGCCGGGCCGGGCGCUGGUCCCAAAGGCAGUCCCUGCCGCGUUCUGUGUUGCAAUAGAAGUGCUUCUGUCUCCCCAUCCUUCCCGGUGGCAGGACUGUGCCUGUUGGUCUGUUGAUCCCGGCAGCAGGUGUGCUUGUCCAGCCCCCGCACUACCAGGGCCAGAUAAGGCGCGCAGCCUGUCCCUACCCCCUAUGGGAAGGCCUCAGCCCAUUAUCAGGGGCAGUUGUACAUUGCCCAGUUGACCUCCCUUCCAUUACUUACUGGGGCCUGUGCUGUGGAGAACCUGGAUCCAGG